AUGUCUGCACUCUUGGAAGAAGAUCCGUCCCUGCAGAGACACUUCAAAGGCCACAGAGAUGCUGUCACUAGUGUGGACUUCAGCCUCAAUAAGAAACAAUUGGCAAGUGGCUCAAUGGAUUCGUGCCUGAUGAUCUGGAGCAUGAAGCCUCAGACGAGAGCCUAUCGCUUUGUGGGCCACAGAGAUGCAGUGAUGUGUGUCCAGUUUUCACCCUCUGGGCACCUGGUGGCUUCAGGCUCUAGAGACAAAACAGUGCGUUUGUGGAUUCCUAGUCUCAAAGGAGAAUCAACUGUGUUCAAGGCUCAUACAGGAACUGUAAGAAGUGUUCAUUUCUCCAGCGAUGGCCAGUUCUUAGUUACAGCUUCUGAUGACAAAACAGUCAAAGUGUGGACAGUUCACAGACAGAAGUUUCUAUUCUCACUGAGUGAACACAUCAACUGGGUUCGCUGUGCCAGAUUCUCUCCUGAUGGACGAUUGAUAGUGUCAGCCAGUGAUGACAAAACUGUCAAACUGUGGGAUAAGACCAGCAGAGAAUGUAUACACUCCUUCUGCGAGCAUGGGGGGUUUGUAAACCAUGUAGAUUUUCACCCCAGCGGUACAUGCAUCGCUGUGGCCGGUGCGGAUAACACGGUGAAGGUGUGGGACGUCAGGAUGAAGAGACUGCUGCAGCAUUAUCAAGUGCACUGCUCUGUGGUCAACAGUCUUUCCUUUCACCCCUCUGGAAACUAUCUGGUUACUGCUUCCAAUGAUUCAACUCUUAAAAUUCUGGACUUGCUGGAAGGAAGACUUCUGUAUACUAUUCAUGGUCACCAGGGCCCAGCUACAUGUGUAGCAUUUUCAAGAGCUGGAGACUUCUUCGCCUCCGGAGGGUCUGAUGAACAGGUGAUGGUCUGGAAGACUAACUUUGAUGCAGCAGAUGACAGUGAUGUAGUGAAAACACAGAAAUUUGGCAGCAGUGUGGAUGGGACCCAUCACACUGGGCAGUCAGAAAUGGAUUGUGGUAUUCAUCUAAAGAAAACACAAACUCAGGAUUCUGGUAGGAACAACGAGCAGCAAGAGGAGACCAAUCUUGCAAAUACCCUGGAGCAUAUUAUAGGACAACUGGAUGUUCUGACUCAGACAGUUUCCAUCCUGGAGCAGAGGCUGACACUCACUGAAGACAAGCUGAAGGAAUGUCUUGAGAAUCAGCAGAAAAUCAUUCAGAACAAAACAAACUGA